CUGUCAUGAAGAGAGCCUGUGAGUUGAGUAUUUGCUUCUGAAUCACAUCCCGAAACCGCUCUCAGUUUGAGUUUGAAACACGCGACGCGCACAACGGAAAAUCCUGGCAUAAAAACCCAAUCGAUCGAAAAACGGAAAAACUCAACAUAAGGAGGACAUACCUCCCUAGAGAGAAUCUAAUUCAGGGAAUAUAUCAUAAUAAAAAACCAAAACAGAGAAAUAGUGCAGAACUAAACCAGUUCCAGUGACCAAUGGAGCGUCGCAAGGCUCUCAGUUCGUAUGCCAAGUUGAAGGACCAGCAGGAGGCGGCGGCAGUAGCAGCAGAUAUUAUGACGCCGCAAAAGGAUAAUGAGAGCGGCGACACUCUGCCCGCAUUGCGCCGCUCUCACUCCGUCCGUUCCUCCCUUCGGAGGUUAAAAAACAAGCUGCACAGUCCCGCCCUGCCGAUGCAGUCUCCUUUCAAGCUUCGCACCCAGCUGCACAUGCGCAGUCGCAGCUCUCGAGGAUCGGCCACCUUGGACAAGAGUAAGGCAGUCAAAGCACUGCGCAUGCUGGGCGAUUUGGAUGCAGUUGCUGUUCUGACCACCAAAGUGAAAGGCAAAAAAGAAUUUGUGCCACUGAAAAGAGAUAUGAAUUCGGAUUCUUGUGACCACGGGGAGUUGGGCAUUGAAAUGCUUAUGUCCUCAUUGCCAGUGGGUGCAACGCUGCCCAGGAAGGCCUGCAAGUUGCUCCAGAUUCCCGAGAGCUACUGCCGAAAGAUGGAUCAGGCACCGAAAGCCACACUCGACUCAGAUCUGGAGAAGACUUUAAGCGGUGAGGAAUCUAGUUCCGUGUUGGCGGAUAUCACACUACAUGCCCAGCAGGGCAUUUAUGGAACGACGCGCAUGCGCACGGCCACAAUUCGGAAGCCGAUGCCUUACCUGAACAGUCACAACAUAUUGCCGCAAGAUAAACGUGACUGUGACAUCGAUAGUGUCAGGCUGCGGGAGAAGCCGAGUGCCGGCAAUAACAACCAGGACAACUAUCCCACCUACUAUCCAGCUCCAUUGCUGUCCACCAGCCGCUGGUCGGAACAGUUGACGCAGCAUGCAACGGUAGCAAAGUUACGGACAGCCAUCUCCUGCCACUCUCAGGAUCUCAAGGAAAUGGAAUUCCUUCUGCCACAUACGCGAACCGAAUCGCAAAACAAUUCCCAAUCCCAGCUGUGCAUCUCACGGCACUCACAGCCUAAGAAUGCCAAACUACGGGAUGAUCACGACGACACGGGUUCCUCUGAAUUGGAUUCACCGCCCUUGGGAGAUGAGAAUGCCUCGGCUAAUGGACAACUUUCCGUGCACAGGCAAUCAGUGCAAAUGCGCAAUAAAAUCCCGGGGAACACACCUCAUCCGCGGGCCAGUAAAAUGUCCAAGAAACAGCUGAAGUUGGCCCAAGCCCAACUGGACAAACUGACGCAGAGCAAUCUGCAUUUGCAUGCUCUGUUCUCUGCGGUGGAGCAUGGUCAUCUGGAGAAGGCGCGCACUAUUCUAGAGUCCACCGACGUAGAUGUUAAUAGCAUCAAUAACGAUGGACUAUCUGCUCUAGACCUGGCAGUCCUAAGCAAUAAUCGCUCGAUGACCAGAAUGCUUCUCCAGCAUGGCGCUAUGGAGGGCUCUCAAUUUUCCGUGGACACCAUUGGCACGAAGCUGAACGGCUUGCUCAAGGACGCGGAGUCACGGAUUCAUGAUCUGAAUGGACCGGAGGGUCUAUGCCCGCCCAUGUUUGCAUCGCGUCCCUCCAUCUCGAGCAUCAUAAUUGGCAAUUCAAGCGCCUCGGUGACCGGCUGCACGGGCAGCGAGGUAGAGAAGCAGAUCGGCAUCUGGGAACGUCGCGUGAAGGGAUUGCGUCGCUUGCAGCUUGGUUGGGAUCAGGCCAGGCCACCAGAUGCACCAGCCUCCGUGGUUGUCGAUGUCACCGGCGACAAUUCCAUCAGUGUACAAAUUCUAGAGCCCUUCGAGGGGGCCAUCGGCACGAAAUUCAAAGUUCAAUGGUCCACCCGCGCGGACUUCAACAACGUUGUGGGCGAAAGUGAGUUGCUGGAAUGGAUCAGCUUCCAUGGCACAAUGGGUGCCCAGUGUCACAUAUCGGGCCUCACCCAGGGUCGUCGCUAUUUCCUAAGAGCAGCCUGCGGUAAUGUCAAAGGAUGGGGUGCCUAUAGAACCUCGGUACCGGCUAGUGUGGUGCCCUCAACUUGGAGGGAUUUGGACAAUCGGGAAGAUCGAUUUGUAGGUCGCCAUCGCAUCCUGGACAAUCUGUUCACCGCCGUGCGGUUGGCUAGACCCGCCGACGUCUCCGAGUUGACCUUGGAUCCUGCGAGUGCCCAAAGGCGUAAUCCCAAAAAGAAGACCACAAUCAAGCAAUUGUUUUCGGUCACCUCAAAGUUUCAAAAGACACUGAGACGCGGCAUUUACUUCUCUUGUAUUAUCCACUGCGACGAUAAAGUGCUGGUCACCAGUGAGGAUUUUCCGCCAGUCAUCGAGGUAGACGAAUCCUAUCCCAGUGCCCUGCACAUGGAUUACUAUUGGUUGAUGAAGGUGGCCUGCACCUGGGAGGAUGUAAAGUCCCUGCGUUCGGAUAUGGAGCGUAAUCUCACCUCCGCCGUUCACUUCCGCACGAAACUUCUUUCGGCCGUCUGCCAGAUGCAAUCAGCGUUGGGCAUCACGGAUUUGGGUCAGCUUUACUAUAAGCCACUACGGGAUGCCCAGGGCACUGUGGUGCUGACCUGUGUGCAAUCGGUCAAGAGUCAAAAGGCCGUCUCUAUCCUAAAUUCCCGAUGGCUACCAGUUAGCAAGCUACAGAAAAAGUUGGGCGCUCUGCACGAGGACUACACUAUCAAUGAGCUGCUCAUCUCCUCGAUUGGAGAUCAACUGCAUUACCAACAGGCAGCGUUGCAACGCUUGGAGCCUGGUCUUUACUUGGGUUACCUUAAGAUGCAGUGCUCCAUGGACCAGAUCCAGGUGGUGGUACCCGUGAAAACACCAAAUGUUCUGCCCCACUGUAAAGUACGGGAAAACAGUCAUAUAACGGCCGAGGAGUGGCAGGUACUCCAUCGUUGCAGUAGCGACCCUCUUCGCCUGCCGAUGGACUUUAGCUCUCAAGGAGGGGAUUCGGCUUCCGGAGGAACUGCGACUACAGAGGUUCAACGCCUAUUUUUGUACGAUCUCACCAAUGCAAUGCACAAACUUUUCGCCAACAUGAACAUCAAGAUCGCUGAUGCAACCACCCACCGGUUGUACGAUGUCGAGGUAAUUGAGCACAGUCCGGAUAUUAGUUUCCUGGUGGUAUGUCCAUCCGCUGAAUCGUCGUGUGCCGUACCUGGCCAAUCGGAGUUACUGCUCCAGAGGGACGAUUUUGCCAGCUUGAGUAUUCAGGCCUUUGAGAUGAUUCACCUGCGAACUUAUCAGUCGGCCAUUAUUCAGAAGUACGCUCGAUUAUCCUGCAUCCUCGAAUUGGACACUGCCCUGGCCACCCAUGCGCUUCGCGAGGCUUUCUCCAGCAGUGAGCUGCAGGCGGCUAAGGAGCGUUUGGCUACGCUGCAAGAGUUGAGUUCCAGUCUAACGAUUGUGUGGAAAAGUGUCCGCUGGCUAAUGGAUGUAGUGGCAUAUGCAAGAAACAAAAACGCGCAGCCCUCUUUGGCGAUGAGAGAAAUCUUGGAUUUUGCCCAGCAACGACAAGAUGAAUCGGUAGCGACAUCAACGGCUGGUUCCACCAGUAAACAGCUUCUACAGCUGCCUAUUCGUGAGAGCAAAUUUUCUAAGACUGGCCAGGGAAGAGGAAGUUGGCCAGGCCCGGGAACUAAUGAAGAUCCUGCACAGAGCAAGCCAGAACACUCGAAAUCGGAGCAGAAUCUGGAAUUGAGUGCAAUUACUCCAGUGGAACCUGCGACCAAACAAGUUCCUAUACAGCAGCCUCCCCAGCAGCAAUCGCAACAGCAACAUCAACUUCAGCAACAACUCCAGCAACAGCAACUGCUACAAGUUUCCGCCACCAGCGAGUAUGCGGGCUCCAUUUGCUCGGAAGUAUCCUUCAGAAAGAAUAGUGGCGACUCCAUGAGUUCUACAUAUACGUCUCGAAGUUUCUAUUCCGCCGUGGAUUCAGCCUCAGAUGGAAAUAGCACUAACAGUGUGUUUGCUAUUCCACCAUCGCGUUCUGACGAUACUUUGGCGGAUGCACUGCGCCACUCACAGGCAGUGGCUGCCCAACGCAAGCGAACCAGCUCCAAUAUCGGAUCACAUACCAAUCCCCUGAUCACUGUACAUAGCUCCAAUUCUGCUCCGUAUUUGGCUGGAUCCAGUGUUUCCUUGAGAAGCGGCAACGGAGCCUUCGCUACUGACUUGGAGCACAAACCACUGAAGCCAGCGGCAAAGGCAGCUUCCAGCGCCAAUCUACGCGAGGGUGGACCUUAUUUAAAAAGCACUCUAGCUGAGCUGCGAGCAGUGGGAGGCGAGGAUCCGAUAGCCAGUACCUCGAAGGCCUCUUCAACUAAGAGCUUGUCACGCCAGAGCAGCGAAGAGGAUUCGGCUAGUUGUUCCAGUCUCAACGCAGAGCAGACACCGGGGAUUAUUCAAGUUUACACCGCCUACAAUACGGGAUUGGCUAGUGGAACCAGCCUGAAGCUCCAUGUGACACCCAAGACGACGGCCCGCGAAGUGAUUAAUUUGGUGGUAAAGCAGCUCAACAUGGCCGUUGUGCUCAAGGGAAACAAUGGCCCCAUCUACGGACCUGAGGUACUGGAGAGCUUUUGCCUCGUGGCGGUGAUUGGCGCUCGGGAACGCUGUCUUCGAGAUGACUUUAAACCACUGCAGCUGCAGAAUCCGUGGAAGAAAGGACGGCUGUACGUUCGCAAGAAGCAUGAGCUUCUGGCGGCCAUCGAGCACUCCAACCGGAAAUCGCAUUUGAUCUGAACAAUCGGACCCAAGUCUCACUGGAAUGAAAGAACUAUCGUAGAAGUUAAACACCUUAUGUAGCUGGUGGUGCAAGGAGAUCUCUAGAGAUUUAAAAACUUAAGAUUUAGGUACCCGAAAGUAGGCAAAUCGUUUGGUUUAUAUACCUUAAAUUUUGUAUUGGAAACUUCAGAGAUUUAUCUGUAAUCCGCGAUUUUUGUAUUAUCCACAUUGAGUCUUGUAAAUUUUGUUGUGUGUUUAAGUUUUUGGGUUUCCCCCAAUCACAAUUCCCAACUCCCCACCCUCACCAAGGGCAAUGAUCGUUGACCAAUUCCCGAAUUAGACUGAAUUACUUAUGUAUGCUGCAACGGCAAACAGAUGAAAUUGUAUUUGAAAUGGUAUUAUAUUUUGAGUAGUUAUACAUUCGACAUUACCUAAACAAAAAUUCACACACACGAAUCGGACAAAACAAAAACAUAUUGUUGUUAGUUGUUUUAGAGAGUAAAGAAGAUAAUGCCCGUACAUAAGUAGUAUGUAUGUUACAUAAAUUUUAUGCGUGCAUCAAUGUAUUUUAUUGUAUGUAUUUUGUAGUUUAGUGAAAGAAAUGUUUUGAUUGUAUUUUUGUGGCAUUUUUAGGGUCACAUUUUUUGAUCUAAAUGUUAAAUCGGUAAAUACGGAACCGGAACACGUAUAAAAAUCAAACCAAAUCGAUGGCGAAACUCAAAGAACAGAUGUCAAUAUGCAUUUUAAGUGUCACUCUUGAUGUCUUCGAUGUGCGUACGUGUGUGUGUUCUUAAAUAUUGCAAUUCCAUUGGAUUAAACAAUUAAUUUAGCUGUAAUCAAUUGCUUAGUAUGUAAACAAAAAUCACCGCAACAAAAAUGAUAAUGAAAAACGGAGAAUAUUUUUUAAAAAUAUAUUGGCACAACUGUAUGUUGAAAAAAAAAAUAAUAGGCAACUGCAAAUUGAAAUUCAAAUGUUUGUAUUUAUUAAAUGUAGCAACGAUGUUUCCAAGUCCGUACCCUAUCUAUUCCACAUCAGCAAUUGGCUCGAAAAGAGCUUCCUACAUAGUUGAUAAUCCUAGUCUCCCACUUCCACAAUCUACUACUCAACUGUUGGCCCACUUAGAACCCAAGUACUAUUAACGUGGCUAUCUCAAUGUGCAAAGCCGUAUGUGUCUAUAAAUAACUACUCUACUCUGUACUCUCAAUAGGAAAUACCAUAAGUAAAUUAGAGGAAAUUCUUCAGAUACACGUAUUUGUUGUGAACAACCGGUAGACAAAGAAACUAUUUCAUUGUCAAGCUCAUGAUGUCCCAAUUAAUGUUUAUUUCCCAUUGGUACGACAAGUCGAAUUUAAAUUGGAGUCGCAGGUCGUGAAAAGUAUACAUUUUGAAUCUUAUGAGAAACUAGACGAGAACACUUACUUUAAAAGAAUGUGCAACACAGAGUCCAUAAACACAGAGAUAUCGAACUAUUUAAGAUGUCUACGACCAACAAACGAUUUUUGUAAUCGCGUUAUUUUCUUGGUUUUUUUAUGAAAUGGCGAUGAAGAAGAUUUUUGAUACAUUUUUUACUAUAUGGUUUACCAGUCCUAGGGCUCGACAGCAAACAGCAACGAACGUAGCUAAGUUUUUUGACCACAGAAGAAUAUGAAUAUAAAAUCCCAUUGCGUUCAAAUACAGCCCGGUUUCAGAAUUGUAUUACCGCCACCCAAUUGCCUCGAUUCGAUUCGAAUAAAAAUGGUCCCCGCAGAAUGGUCGAACGAACAACGAAUGUAAACAAGUUCCAAACUGAGUGGCCAGCCAGUUUCAGUUUGUUAAUUCGGAAUGCCAAUUAAACGAUUUCAAUUGUCAGACAAAGUGUCCGUCCCCAGCAAAAGAGCGUUUGGUUUUUCGAAUGGAGCUAAAUUAUACAGAGUAUUAUUUUGAAUUGCGAUCCAGUGAGAUUAGUUUUUACGAUGCAAUCUAAUUGUAGCUGUAGCUAAUUGUUAAUGGCCUACAAAAUAAAAAGGCGAAAUGUAAAUGUAACCAAAAGCAUUGAACGAGUCUUUUCCGCAUAUGAACAUGAAAAACACAUCAACGCCAGAAAAUUCCUGUAAUUAGAUAUAUACAUUAAUAUAUAUAGAUAUAUAAAUAGAAGAUGAAACUUAUCAAGUGUAUCUCAGUCCAAUGUCAGUACAUUCAUUUACGACAUGACAUUAUCGACUACCUGUGUACAUUUUUGGUGUGUUAAUGGCCUAAAAUAUAUACAAUAUACUCCCGAUAAUAAAGGAGCUAACAAAAAUGAUGGCAACUAGCUUUGGUAAGGAUAAUGUGGGUACGAAGCAUUCAAAGAAUAUUCAAUUAACUUAAUAAAGACUCAACAGUUGUUAUGGUGUAAUAA